CGUGUCUUCCUAUUUUGCCCUACGCGACUUCCCUCUUCUCUUUUCUAUUUCAUACGACCGACCCCUCUUCCCUCCCAACACACUCCGAUUACCUGCAAUCUUUUGCCGCCAUAGGCUCCACCUCCGUCAGCCGCUGCCAUCGCUGCCCUUCGGAUCUCCGGCGCCACCCUCCCAUACCUUCGGUGCCAGCCUCCCAAGCAUACGUCGCCACUGUCGCACAUCAGAGGUCGGCUUCACAUCUUGACAAACAGCCCUAAGAAAAAACGACGGCCACAAGAAUUCAUUCAUGGAGCAAUCCACUACCUCAUUAACCGGCGAAUCUGAUAUUCUUGAACAUAUUGCCGACCGUUACAAGAAAUCCCGCUCACCUCAUCACCGCCAGCUCUACGCAGCUGCUGCCUAUACCCAAUGUAUGAUAAAAUCUAAAUCUUUGCCCGUCACUCCGCUCAAUUACUUCGUUAACAUCAUUGACGCCCUCUAUGAUUCCUCAUAUUCUCAUACCCUCUCUAAUUCAACCUUUAAUGCUGAUGCAAUGUCUGGAAUGUCUUCGUUUUUGACAUUUGUGUUGACUAUGGUUCCUGAGAAGUCUAUAUCCAUGUCUAAGGCGGCUGAGGCUGUCGAGAUUGUGGUUAAAUGUUUGGAGGUUGAGUUUGUGAGUUUGCGGGUUUUAAGAUUUAUGGAGUGUUUGAGGGUAUUGCUGGAGAUUUGUGAUUUAGGAGAUUGGGAUAUUGUGAAAUUAAGUUUCCAGACGUUUAUCAAGUAUGCAGUAGAUAACAAAAAUGAAAAGGUUAGAAAAUGUGCUGAACAUUGUGUUUUGAAGGUCUUCAAGUGUUUCCAAAAUUCUAUUAUCAAAGAAAGUGCAACCAAAUUGGUGUUAGAUACAUUUAGAAACUAUAUCUUGGCAGUUGAGAAAGCAGAUGGAUCUAAAGAUGAUGAAGGAUCAAAAUGUGAACACUUGAAGGCUCUUCACAUGUUAGAUCUGUUGAAACGUUUCAUUCCUUUUUUAACAAAACCAGAAGACAUGCAGGAAGUCAUACUAGAAUUACAAAAGUGUAUGACUGCCAAGUUUUCAACAUUGUAUGUUUUAGAUGUAAUGGAGGAGAUACUUGCUCUCAUUGAAUCUGAAUCCGAACUUACAUUUGUAAAGACCGUGAAGAUUUCAGACAAAUGGAAAAGUGAUUAUUCCAUACUCAUUCAGUCUAUAACAGGUCUUUUGAUAUGUGAGGCUACUGCUGCAAGGGCUUCAAAUAUCUUAAAAGAAAUGUUUUCCCGUGUACUUUUCAGUGAAGUGGAACUUAAUGCUGAAUCUGAGCAAUCAAAUCUAGUGAGAUGCUUAUGUGAUUCACUUUUAGAAGUUCUGAGGACCUAUCCAAAUGAACAUUCUUUGAGUGUCAUCUCUGCUUUAUUUCUCCAUCUUGGGUUAGACUCUUUUAUCUACAUGGACAGGAUUUUUAUGAAGACUGUUGGUUUUAUGUCAGAUGCAUCUACUUGUGAUGUAAAACAUUUUGAGCAGUGUAUCGGGUCUGCCGUAAUGGUUAUGGGCCCCGAUAAAAUACACACAUUGUAUCCUCUCUCGUUUGAUGCAAAUGAGCAGACUUGCUCAAAUACUUGGUUGUUACCUAUCUAUAAGGAGUAUGUCAUAUAUUCACAUGUGCGGUUUUUCAUCAGAACUAUAGUGCCUCUAUCUGAAUCCUUCAGAAAAGCGUGUAAAAGAGGUAAAAAGAUGGCAGUAAAAAGAAAGCAGAUGCAGUCCCUUUCACGUACUUGUUGGGAAUUACUACCUUCUUUUUGUCGCUAUCCGCAUGAUUUGGAGGAAAGUUUUGGGUCCUUGGCUGAGAUUUUAAUUCCAAACAUCAAAGAAAAUGCCUCUAUGCUUGAGAGCAUUGCUAUUGCACUGCAGUGUCUUGUGAAGCAAAACAUGAGCUUAAGUUUGAGUUUCCCUGGAAGUUCCGGAGUUAUAGAUAUGGGAAUUGAAAAAGAAAACGCAGAGAGAAACAUCAAGGUUAUGGCAUCAUGGUCAGAGGCAUUAUUGAAGGCUUUUACCAAUGUUUUCUUUCAGGUGUCGCCUGAGAAACGUUCUUUUCUAAAGGAAACAAUUGGAUGCUUAGCAAAUAUCGCUGAAUUCCCAACAUCAAAGGCAAUUUUUAUUUCAUCUCUUGAAAGAGUGAAGCCGGAUGUUUCUGAUCAGAAAAAUGCCAACAUAGGUCUGAUACAUGAACUAGCAUCAGCAAUUGUUGCUGAUGUUGGAAUGGAUCCAAUAGAUUUUAUAUACUGCUGUAUAGGGGAUUGUUUGAAGGAAGAUGAUGAGGAAGCGUAUGCCAAUCUUUACAUACUUUUGGAAUCUUUUGAGUUCAUGUCUUCAAGAUUCGAGCAACUUGUGGAUUUGUUACGUGAUUUGAAGUCCCCUGUCGAUAUAAUUUCAUUUAGAUGGAGGUUUUUGUGCUUAAAGACCUUGCUAUUUCACUCAUUCGAGAGAACUUGUGAUGGAGAGAACAAGUAUGGCGUUUGGGUGCUCAAUGAAAUCAUUGUGACACUAAAAGAUGACAAGGAGGAUAGGAGAGAAGUGGCACAUGACAUUCUUCUAGAUACAAGUUCCAUCAUGCAAUCCAAACCAGAAACUUAUUAUAAAUUCAUCACCAUGAUGAUGGGGUAUCUCUUUGGGUUUUCUCCUUGCAUUACAAGUGGUGCAAUCCUUGCAUUGUCUAUUAUGUUAUCCAACGACUCAAAAAUCUGCGAAUUGAAGCCCGAUCUUGUGCCAGAAAUCCUUGAGUUGCUGGAUAGGGAAGAAGACAUACAAGUUGCAGAAGCUGUUUUAUGGUUUCUAAAGAUGCUGGUUUUGAGCCUUGAAGUGGCAGAACUGAAGAUGGUCCUAUGUGAUAUUCUGAAUGGACUUCAAUCUUGGUCAUUUGUGAGUGACCUUCCGGAGAUUUUGCUGCUGGAACGUGGUGAUUUUAGGAAUGUGUUUGAGAUUUGUACAACUUCCCUGGAAGAAGGCAAGGAAACAAGCAGAUCACCUCAACAUGAUUUCAAAGCAAAUGUGAAUGAAAUUUUUGAAAAUAUUGUGCAAAAAUGUGGUUCUGCAUCAGUUGAAUCUCUUGUACCUGAGAAAUACCGCCUAGGUUUUAGGAUAUGUUUGGAGAGUGCUCCAAGUUCCCCCGAAGAAGGCAAGGCGAACGAGGCACUCAGAGCACUAAUUACUUCUAUGUUUGUGUCAUCUCAAGAAGAAGGCUUUUGCUGUAGACAACAGUUGGGAACAUAACGAGGCUGAAAUCAAAUGGCAAUCUUUCAAGAUUUAUACAUCUAUCAAAGUUUUGAAACAAAACAGAAUUCCAUGUUGAAUGCUGAUAAUUUAAAUGGCAAAAUUUUCUUUAGCA